AUGAAUUCCAUCAAGCAAGCAAUCGAGUCCGCUCGAUCAAGGACCUCGGACGUCAUGAAUACUGCCAAGAGAAGUGAGACGGCCGCCAAGGCCUCUGACAUUAUUCAUACUCCUGUCAUGCGGGCUGCCUUGCCGUUCAUCAAUGGAGGCAUCGCCGGAAUGGUAGCCACCUCUGUGAUCCAGCCAGUCGACAUGGUCAAGGUCCGCAUCCAACUUGCUGGCGAGGGCACAACUGGAGGUCCCAAGCCUACUCCGCUGUCUGUCACUCGACACAUCAUCUCCAGCGGAAAGGUCCUCGACUUAUACACUGGCCUGUCUGCCGGUCUCCUCCGACAGGCUGUAUACACAACCGCUCGGCUGGGCUUCUUUGACACCUUCAUGGGAAGGCUAACAGAGCGAGCAAAAGCCCAGAAUAAACAGAUUGGUUUCUCAGAACGAGCAACAGCUGGUUUGGCGGCCGGUGGUCUAGCAGCCAUGAUUGGCAACCCGGCUGACCUGGCACUGAUUCGAAUGCAGAGCGACGGCUUGAAGCCUCUUGCCGAGCGCAAGAACUACAAGUCGGUCAUCGAUGCACUGGGAUCCAUUGCCAAGGGCGAAGGCAUCGCAGCUCUCUGGGCGGGUGCCGCACCAACCGUUGUUCGCGCCAUGGCCCUCAACUUCGGUCAGCUGGCCUUCUUCAGUGAGGCCAAGGCACAGAUGAAGCAGAACACAAACUUGUCUGCACAAGCCCAAACUCUGAGCGCCAGUGCUAUUGCAGGUUUCUUUGCCAGUUUCUUCAGUCUCCCAUUUGACUUUGUCAAGACAAGAUUGCAGAAGCAGUCAAGGGGACCUGACGGCAAGCUUCCGUACAAGGGAAUGGCCGACUGCUUCACCAAGGUGGCCCGACAGGAAGGCGUCAUGAGAUUCUAUCGAGGAUUUGGAACGUACUACGUCCGCAUUGCCCCUCAUGCCAUGGUAACUCUCAUCGUUGCCGAUUAUCUGGGCUGGUUGACGAAAUAG